AUGAACUUUGUCCUUUCUAUAAAUGGAAGUGUCCACCCUGGGAUGUCACAGUCCAUGACGGGAAGUAGAGUAACAUCUACGUCCUCUGAGGCUCUGGAGCAGAAACCAGUGAAACAACCGAGGAGAACCAUGUUUGAAUCCCAGUCACUUAAACUGUCUCUGGUCCUGGUGGGAACGCUUCAAUUCACAGUUUUCUCAGCAGCAGAAACUCAAACAUCCCCCAUCAAAGUCAGAGUUGGAUAUGACGUCACUUUACCUUGUAAGGAUGUUAAAGACUUUGGUGAUAACUGCAAAAGUACCACCUGGCUCUACGAUGAUUCAAAGAAAUCAGUGACACUGUUUGAACACGGGAGGAUUAUCAAAGACACUGGAGAUAAAUCAGACAGACUGAGAGUUACGGAGAACUGUUCCCUGGUUUUAGAGAAAGUCACAGUUGAAGAUGGAGGUCGUUACAUCUGCAGACAGUUCAGAUCAGGACAACAAGUCACAGACUCUUAUGUUAGGCUGUCUGUUAUUAGCGUAAAUCCGACUACUAGGCCCACCCACCCAAGGGGAUCAGCAAAAGCCACUCCAACAUCCUCCACAGAAACGGCUACAGUUCACUGGUGGAGGUUCGUCUACAUUCCUGCGGGUCUGGCAGCUCUCUCAGUCGUCGUCGUGUCAGUCAACAUCUGGACCAAAGCUGAAGGUGAAAACGUGUGAAACUUUCGUGGG